CACUGCACCCAAGUCCGGACGAGGAGACUUAUGAAGGAACUCCAGGAGAUCCGGCGGUUGGGAGACAACUUUAUAACGGUCGAGCUGGUCGACGACAAUCUAUUUGACUGGAACGUCAAGCUCCACCAGGUGGACAAAGACUCGGCGCUGUGGCAGGACAUGAAAGAAACAAACACCGAGUUCAUUCUGCUGAAUGUCUCUUUCCCCGACAAUUUCCCGUUCUCUCCGCCAUUCAUGAGGGUGCUCACCCCCCGGUUGGAAAACGGGUACGUUCUGGACGGUGGAGCGAUAUGUAUGGAGUUGUUAACCCCCCGCGGAUGGUCCAGCGCCUACACAGUGGAAGCCGUGAUGAGACAAUUUGCGGCAAGUCUGGUAAAAGGACAGGGGCGUAUCUGCAGAAAAGCAGGGAAGUCCAAGAAGGCGUUUAGCCGCAAAGAGGCGGAGGCCACCUUUAAGAGUCUGGUGAAGACCCACGAGAAGUACGGCUGGGUCUCCCCCCCUGUGUCUGACGGCUGA